CCCCCCGCGUGUCGCUGCUGUGCCCGCAGCUCACGCGGGCUGGUGCGUGAGGAGCAGUGAGUUUGCGGGGCAGUGAUGAAGACAAGUGGUAGAUGAGCUGCGGCUGCCACGCGCGCACGGAUCCCGCAGGCUCAGCUCGGUGCUCCGGAACAAAAGAUGAAAUCCCGGAGUCAGGAUCAGAGUUUGUCAGAGUCCACAGACCUGGACAGAUCUCACGACCCGCUCACAGGUAAUCCUCCAUACAAAUCCAAUAAAAAGACCAUAAAGCAGCGGCUCCUCAAACUGCUCCCCUGCUGUCGCUCUGGGUCCAACGCUUCAGACAAUCCAAGAAGUAUAGCUGAUGAUGGAGAACUGUCAACAGUGCGUUACAGACCGGAGGGGCUCGACCGUCUUGUACAGCAGACCAGCUUCAACAAGAAGGAGCUGCAGGUCCUUUACCGAGGAUUCAAGAGCGAGUGUCCGAGCGGUGUGGUGAACGAAGAGACCUUUAAAAGCAUCUACUCCCAUUUCUUCCCUCAGGGAGAUUCCAGUAUGUACGCGCAUUUCCUGUUUGAAGCUUUCGACACCCACAACAAUGGAGCGGUUAACUUUGAGGACUUUGUUAUCAGUCUGUCCAUCAUCUUGAGAGGCUCCACCAUUGACAAACUCAACUGGGCUUUUAAUCUGUACGAUCUCAACAAGGACGGCUGCAUCACCAGAGAGGAGAUGACAGACAUCAUGAACUCCAUCUAUGACAUGAUGGGGAACUAUACGUACCCCAACAUGAGGGACUGCGCCCCCAAGGAUCAUGUGGACAUCUUCUUCCAGAAAAUGGACAGGAACAAAGACGGGGUGGUCACCAUUGACGAGUUCCUGGAGACGUGUCAAAAGGAUGAAAACAUCAUGCAGUCCAUGCACAUGUUUGAUAACGUGAUCUAAAGCUGAUUGGACGUGGAUUUCUCUCCUGCUUGGAGCUCCUCAGUAGUUCAGUUCUUCAGCCCUGUGGACGGAGUGGGUGGUGUCUCUGAGAGUGGAGACCUGAGGAUAUAUAUACUGUAUAUAUAUAUAUAUAUAAACCUCAAACCAGCUUUUCUUUUAUUAUAUCGGUGAACGGAUUAGGUUGAGGGAAGGAGGUGAAGUCUCGCUCCAAAAUGACUUGACUCAUGCGUAAUUUCUUUUUUUGGAAUGAGUGAAGGGAAUGAAAGGUGGAUUCUGGUAUUUCAAGAUAUUGAUAGAAGCUCAACAUCAAAACGCAUCAAUGGACAGAUGCAUGAAGAAAACAGCAGAUUUUCACAUAAGGCGACGGCAGUUUGAACAUCCUGGGACUUCUUCACCGCGAUGAUGAUUAUUCCUCUGUUGCAUGUAUGAAACACAUGAGCGACUGAAUGAGCAGACACAAGGAACAAAUGGAAUAAAGCCCAUAAUGUUG